AGCUGUAUGAGGCAAGUUUCCCUCUUUUCGAGAGAAAAACGAAACACUCUUUCCCCCUCGUUUGCAUAUGUGGUUGUGUCCUCUUUUAUGAAAUUGAAGAUCAUCUGUUGAAAUCAAAGCGGAAGAAAAAAUUGGUUCACAUCUUUUUUUUGUUGGUGAUUGAUGGAGAAUAGGGAUUAUGAAGGGAUGAAAACUGAUGGAACUUUUAAUGUAGUAGUUUUUGAGAAAGGAAUAGAGUCUCUGAUACCUGUAUAUGAAUAUGCGAACCAUAAUGAACAGAACACUGUUUUUGGAAUAGUGGAAGCAUAUUGUGGUAAUCUUCAUCGUGGAACAAAAGAUCCAGUGAUUACUGUAACUGGGAAUUUCCGAAAAUCAUAUUCACACCUUGGUACAGAUCCAGUUUCCGGGAAAAAGUAUCCUAUUUAUUUCGUAGUAGGCGAUAUAAUUGUACCCGCAGAACCCGUGAAUGAAUAUCAAUAUCAAGCUUUGUUACUCCCAAAUCUCCCCGGAGGAGUUGAUUUUUUUGUGAGUGUUAAUCGUAUGGCACCUGUUAGCCAAAUCAUGAAGCUGAAGUUCCCGUCUAAAUCUAGUAGGUCGGGAAUUCAACUUAAACUUGAACGAAAACUAGCUAGUGUGCUCGUAACCAAUGAGAACGACUGUCAAGCGUUGAUCAAAAAACUGAAGAAAUGUGACAAUAUUGAUACUCAUUCUGAAAUAAUCCUAAGGGAAUAUCUGAAGGAGUGGAUUUUUGAAGGCUGUAGAAGAGGUAAUGCCACCAAUAAGAAAACUCAUGCAGUUAUCCAUCUUUGUGCUAGUUUGGGAUAUGCAUGGGCAAUUGCAAUCUUCAAGCGAUUUGCUUUUUCAUUGGAUACGAAGGAUGAAACUGGCUGGACACCUUUGCAUUGGGCUGCAUAUUAUGGUCGAAAAGGAGCUGCUAUUGUCACUUCUAAUUGGAGGGGCAAAUCCAAGUUUAGUAACUCCACCAACUCCUACUUAUCUUAAUGGACAGUCAGCUGUUGAUAUAGCAUUCACACGAGGCCAUGGCGACUUAGCUGUUUAUAUUGCAGAAACGAUAAAAAACCCAGGGAAGAUUGUGACCCUUGCCGCUCACCAUGCAAAGAGAGAAACGGCAAAAAUUCCGGAGAAUAUUGUGCCCCUAUCUCCUCAACGUGCAAAGAGAGUUAGAGGUGAGGGUUCUCUAUCAUCUUCUGAAAGAUAUUGAAGGCAGAAAAUAGCUAAAGGCGGAGUACAAACAAUACCACAAUAUCAGACGUUUUCUUUCUCUGCUUGUAGUUCAGUAGGCUGUAGGUUUCAGCUCAAUUUUUUAUGACAAGUUCAAUGUUUGUUGAUCUGACAAGUUCAAUGUUGACUUGGAUAGCUUUUGAUAUUUUAGCUCAAUUUUGUCUGACACCUUCUGGGUCCUCAUGAAGACGUACAAUUGUUGACUUGAGAC